CAAAUAUGGAACGUUGACUAUGAAAUUUGAACCAACGAAUCAAUUUCCCCCCUUUCUCUCUCAUAUCAAACCCUAAGCGCUUCCUUCCGCCCCUGUUAAGAAAAUCAUGGUCGGCGUCAUUACAAAAGCUUCCAGUCCUUUCUCCUCCGAUCAACAAAAAUGGCCAGAAAUAUUCAACGCGAUGGUAGAAAUGCUAAAGCAGAAACAAUCCCAAAUCGAAUCUCUCGUAAAAGAAAGAAAGCUUCUUGAAGAUCAUAUCAAACUUCAAUCCAGUCGCUGGCUAUCUGAUGUCGAUUUAUUAAAGGGUCAGAUAUCUCAGGUAAAUGAAAAUCCCUUCAUUUCAGUUAAACAAAAGUUAUCUGUUCAAGAGAUGACAAAUCGUGUUGAUUCUGCGAAAGCAGAACUUAUAGCGGGUUUUAAGCAAAAAGAAGCCUUGAUCUACAAAACAAAAUUGGAUAGUGCGCUUGAUGAUUUAUCUGAUUUUAAGUCAUUGUAUAACCAUCUGUUGCUUCAACUAGACAACAACAAUAUGAACAGUUCAGAGAUGUUGAGUCUUAAAUCAGAAAGGGACUUUAUUUGGAACCAAUUUAAGAAGAUGGAGAGUGAUCUAACUAACAGAUUGAAGAAUCAAACCAAUUUGAUUGAGAAUGGAGAUGCGAAGAUCGAAGAACUUGUUGUGACUAUGAACAAGUUAGAAACUUCGAAUUUGGAUAAGGAUGAGUUGAUCAUGAAGUUGAAAUCUGAUGUAGCUAAACUCGAGGCGGAUUCUAUUGCGAAAGGGGAAGAAGUUUCUAGACUUACUAGAGAAGUUGAAUCCUUGAGAAAAGGAACAAGCGAGAAUAAAAGUAGAAUCAUGGGAGGAGGAGAAAGAAGUAAUCGGAAGAGAAAGUCAGCCGUUUUGAAUGGUCCUAGACUGUUCACUUCGAGGUUUAAGAUCCCCAAACUAAAGAUGUCGAUGUCUCCUUAUGACUUCCCUACUAUUUAACUGGUUAGAAUGUGAAAAUUUGUGUUUUAGGGUAUAGUCUAUUUGUUGAUUAGCUAUUUGUUGAUAUGUGAUUAGCUAUUUUCAAUAAUUUUAGGAUUUGAUCAAAUUUGUUUAUGUUUGUAUUUAGUUUGAAUUUGAAACAAUGAUAUUGUCAUCAUCACCACUUGCUAGUGGUUAAGAUUUUCAUAAACCUUAUCGAGGUUUCAAGAAAUAGUUUUUGUAGUUCGAGAUCAUACUAAGACAGUUGGUUGA